AGCUGUACAAUAUGUGGAUUUUAAUUCCCAAUUUAACAUAAUUUAAAAUACAACCAAAUAUUAAAGCGACUUCUAAGGGGAACUCGUCUUAACAUAUAAGAAGCUUAAACCCUGGUAAUCGGCUAAUUUGGUCCUCGGAGUUCUGGGAUUUGUAGUCCUCACACGCAGCUGCGGGCCUGCUAAGCUACUUCACGCUGGUUUACUCACCAUGUGGAUACUGUAGGACACGGGGACACACACUUUACAGUCUCAUGCUUAGCUGUCUGCGGUGUUGUCAGUGAAAAUGUCUUUUUGUUUUAACUUCGACGUUCCUGCACAAACAACAAACCCAGAAGAAGAGCCCGGAGUUCAUCUGCAACACGGACAGAAAGACAAUGCUGCUAAACCAAUUGAGGACCGUACCAAACCAGCAGAGCCAGCGAAAGAGGCCGAAGAGCACCUUCCACAAUCUGACCCCCAGUUUCUCCUCACCGACGCUGUGGCUGAAACAAUUACUAUAGGGAGUCUUCCUCCUCUUCACUUCCUGAACGAGACGGUUUUUGAAAAGACGGCUGCGGAGAGAGAGGACAGGGAGAAAAUCCUGUCUCGCACCGCUGAGCAGAGGUCUGACCUCAUCUCUGGCGUGUACGAGGGAGGGCUGAAGGUGUGGGAGUGCACGUAUGACCUCCUGGAGCUGAUUGAGAAAGAUGGAGAGACCUUUGGGGGGAAGGCGGUUUUGGAUUUGGGAUGUGGGGCGGGGCUGUUAGGGAUAUUGGCUCUUAAGAGAGGAGCCAGGCAGGUCCACUUCCAAGAUUAUAACAGUACGGUUAUCGAACAGCUCACCGUGCCAAAUGUAAUACUGAACUGCCAAGAGGAAGAUGAAGUUGACAGCGACGAGGAUAAACAGGGGAGUGGUAAGGGAAAAGUAAAGGAGGAAGAUGGUUGUGAAAAGAAGGUGAAAGAUGAGGAAAAAGAUGGUAUUUCACCACCUAAGAAAAGAGCCGCAGACCUCUCCCAGGAUCCACUUCUCGCCAAGUGUCGUUUUUUCUCUGGUGACUGGAGCACAUUUCUUGCUUUGCUUAAAAAGGAGGAUCCACAACCCAAAUAUGACAUCAUAUUCACCGCAGAGACUAUCUACAACACGGCGUACUACCCAGCGCUACACGAGACCCUCCACAAACUGCUGGCUCCCGACGGGCUCGUCUACCUCGCCACCAAGUCGCACUACUUUGGUGUAGGCGGUGGACUUCACCUUUUUGAGACAUUUGUUGAGCAGAGGGGUGUUUUCUCUCUGGAUCACCUUUGGGAUGGGGAGGAUGGACUCCAGAGGCACGUUGUAGUUCUACGUUUUAAAAAGCCACUUUGACUCUAAGCACACAGGGAAGGGAACUCAGUUGUUGUUAUGAUGUUGUACUUCUGUAUUCCCGGCAAGCGGCAACAACCGGUCCAACAAAUGGAGCCACUGCUGAGGUACAAAAAACUGGAGUUCCUCCAGUGUCCGCUUGAGUCUGGCUCCAAAAGCGAAGGGAUCCCUAUUAGGUCCCAUGCCAAAAAUGCCUAUUUUUACAGCAGAAAUAAACAUGUUUACAGCCUGGUACAAAA